AUGUCGACGAAAAUCUCUUUCGCGACCUUUCUGAUCAUCUGCCCGACAUGUUUCUUCCUCGGGAUUCUGUUCACAAACUGGUCCUACGACCACCACACUCUCUGGAACGGCAUCGCUCCCUCUGAGCCCAUACUUGCUGCCAUCGAGUCGCACUACCGCCUCCUGAGCUCUUCGCCCCCGAUCAUAAUCCGCGUGCUGCACAUCAUCGUCGCCGUUGGGCUCCUCGGCUUCAUAACUAAGCUGUACAAACCAUCCGAGUCAAACAUGCUCUUUGACGGCGCUAGUUUGGUCCUGUACAUGAUUGGGCUCAUCAUGUACGCCACAAACGUGGUACGCGGACUGAAAACAGUUGAGAGCGGGGAGUAUGGCGAGGAGGUCGGCAGAGUUGACACGCUGCGAGUGCUGGCGGCAAGUCAGGUGAUUCUGGCGCUGGUGCUUGUGGGCGUGUUGGUGCUGCAGAGCGGACAAUGGUAUGCAGAGAGGAAGGAGAGCGAGGAGGUGAGGGUUAUGGAGUUGGAGGAGGAGGCGAAGAGAAAUAGUAAAGGGAAGAAGAAGAAUUAA